UUCGCGCGAGAAGGGCCCGCCCUCCGCCCCUUAUAAGCCACGCCCCCUCCGGGUCGCCGCAGCCUUGGCUCUCCGCCCUCGCCGUCGUGUUUCGUCGGGCUUAUUUUCUCGCGCGCUCCCGUGUUUUCUUCGUGUGAGCCCGUGGGGCGCUUUAGGCUAAGGGGAAGGGGGCCCUUCCCCUGUGCUGGGGUGUCCUCAACGGAAAAAGACCCUGCCUGCUCCUUUCUCUGGGUGCUUCCAGGAGCUGAAGCCCCUUUGAGUUCAUCUCGACUCCUGGGGGUGCUGCUUGCCCUUAAAACUGCUUUUUCCCUGGGAGAUUUUUGACUUCCCAGUUUGGCCUAGCAACCUGAGAUUUCCUAGUGGUCUCCCAUCCAGGUACUAACCCGUCUGACCUGGCUUGCUUUUUCUGAGCCAGUCCAAACCUGACUGGGGUUCCCUCCUGCUGUAAGGAAAGGGAAACUCUCCCUCAGUCCACACAGUUUUCUUGGCAGCGACGUGGAACUGGUUUGUUGCUACUUCCUUCCAGGGUGGUUUCUGAUUUCCCAGUCUGUCCUAGAGCCCAGAGGUCUCCUGGUGGUCUCCUGACCAAGCAGCAUGAUGGGGAGUCAAUCUGUGGGAUGGUGAGGGUGGUGAUAAAUCAAGGCUCGGCUGUUUGGGGAUGAUGUCACACACAUAUAGCGAGGAGCCGGGGAUCAUAAUGUCACGUGCAACGUUUUGCAGAUUUUGACCCCCCAGUGCCUAAGGAUGCCCUUGCCCCCAAGUACUAAUUGGUUCAACUGCUCAGGCUCUUGAGGUCAACCAAGGUUGGAUCAAUGCUCUCCGUGUUUUUAUUAAGGGGCAAUGCUGCUAGUUUUCCUUGGAGUCAUCUCAACCCUACAAUCCUUUUCCUUUUUUUCUUCGGGUCUCUUGAUCAUUUGAGGACAUUUCUCCUGUUAAAAUGACCUUCUGAGGUGUUGGACUAUGACUCCUCCCAUAGUCAGUGAUUCAUCUAAAUAUAUGUUUAACCACCAUUAGUUAAAGACCUGAAACCAAGUAUUUUUCAUACCUGUGUGAGCCUUAUAUGCAUGGAAAAGGGUUCACGAUGCUGAGAUACAGAUAACCUCAUGGUGAGCCUGACUCCAUCUGAGCAGUUUUCUAGGCAGUGGAUCAAAGUGGUUUUUUAAAUGUAUUCCCUAAAUUGUAGACCUCAAUUUAGGGAUUUUGGAUUUAGGUUCUUUUAUUUCUUAGAAAACGUUGCUUUCUGAGAAAUCUACGGUAGGUGGCAAUACCUAGCCAACUUUGUCUGGUUUGUUUGUUUAUUUUUCAAAUUUAUAUAUGCCACCCAUCUCACUGUACAAGUAACUCAAAGAUAAGCAGGGCUGGAUCUGGCUAGUAUUUGGAUGGGAGACUGCCAGGAAAACCGAGGGCUGUAAGAUACAUUAAUAAAUAGGGAAUGGGAAUAAGUGGGGAAAUUAAAAAAAAAAAAAACACCACAAAAACGUAAUGGCAAACUACUUCCAAGCUGUUUUCAAGGAAACUACAUGAAGGCACCAGGAACUGGUCUUGACUUGAAAGAGUCUGAACCUUAAAAAUAUGCAGGAGACCUAUUAAAUUGCCUUUGGGGUUCACAGGCCAUAAGGUACCCAUUUGUAAUUUAUGACCACGGAAACUGAGACUGAUUAUUUAUAAAAUGGAUUAGGCCCUGGGGAGCCACAAAGACAAGUGGCCUCUGCCUGCAAAUUUGCCAUCUAGAAAACGUAAAAGUCCAGAACUUGGAUGAAUACGAGUGCUUCCCUCCCACUUUUGUCUUUUUGCUUUGCCGAUGGCGCAGGAAUAAUUUAGAAAGCCUUAAAACUGAGGGUCUUUGGUGAGAGUCUGGGAACUCUUGGCUUCCCAUAACUAGGUUUGCAAUGAUGCUGCUGAGAGGAAGAGUUUUGCAGAAGCCAGAAAGAAAGGAUGUGAACACUGGACACCUAUUAAGGGCAGAUAAGAUCUACAGACAGGGGAGGGGCCCCAAGGUGAGCAGUUCAGGUAAGCAGCAGUGUGACAUUGCAGCAAGGGAAGAUGUCAGCUGAGCCCAAAGUAAUGUUUCCUUUGCACAGAAAUAGAGCUAGUGGCAUUUAAGUACAGCGACUUCCCUGUGGGCCCAACUGCUCUGAGCUUCACUCAGAGGAGACUUUACCUUGUGUUUUGUGCAUUGUUUUAUAUUCUGACAAUGCAGUUUUUCUCUGCAAGUUUUUACUAGCAAACUAGCAAAAUGAUUAAUUCAGGAAUCAGAAUUAAGCUACUGGGAAAAUGGUAACAUCUGUUCCUUUCUCCUGGAUUCUAAGUAAUUGCAGUAAUUGCUUCUUUGGCAAUAGGAGGCUGAAUUGUUUCUAUUUGUUUUCAUUUGAACAUUAUAAUUGAAUUGUCAAAGUUGAUUCUAGAGCACUUUAUAAAGAAAAAUCAGAUCGUACUAAAUAUGGGGAGCCACAAUAAAUAGCCUUUCCUAGCAAAACCUAUUUGGAGUCUGUGAAAUUUUAUCAAAAGCACAUGGGAUACUUUUCAGAGAUUAAAUAGAUCUCCUUUAUGGAGAAGGGAGAUCAGAGGCUAGAAAACCGGUCUGUUGAAUUCCUCUUCUGCUUCCAUGUUCAAUCACUGUAGAGCCCAUGUUUUAUAAAAGCUCACUAUAUUUGCUAUCUUGCCAAGAAACUUGCCGAAUGUGAGCGGUUGGAGGAAAUGCUGGAUAGCCUUGACAGGUUGCAGAUUUGUUUACUUGGCAAGCUUGGCAGAAAGUUAAGAAAAUCUAGAAAUUUCUUCAUUGCGUUGAUAGUCCAAAGCUUGAGGAAAAAGGCAGCUCCAAGGAUGCCAGGUAAAACUGGAUCAAAAGUCCUUGGAAAUCUACAACGUUGUCUAAUUUAAAAGGUUAAGUUGGGCAGUCACACUUGAAUCUUUUGUUUCAAUUCAUCCCAUCUAUUUUGACUGGCACCCAUGAAGUAGUUUUUUCCAUUCCUAUACUGUACCCCCCCCCCAUUUGAUUGGUAACAGCCCUCCGUUUCUGCUUACGCUUGUAAAUAUGGAAAAGUGGCUCGUAUUCACAUGCCCUCAUCAAAACAAUUUAACUUAGUUCGAUAUUGGAUGCCUGUAACUUGUGGGAUUUCUUUUAUUUUCGAGGAAGGGGCAAUGGAUUUGCUGAAGGAACUGAAAAGUAUGCCGAUAACACUGAAUUUACUGCAGUCUACUCGAAUUGGGAUGUCUGUGAACGCACUUCGAAAGCAAAGCACGGAUGAAGAUGUGAUUGCGCUUGCCAAAUCACUCAUCAAGGCUUGGAAGAAACUCCUAGAUGCUUCUGAGGAUAAGGGCGAUGAAAAGAAGAAGAAUUCUUCUUUGCCAGCUUCUUCCUCAAAGGAGAGUGGUGAUUCACGAGACCAAAGCUCCAUCAAAAGACAGGAGUCUGUUAAAACUCCCACCACUCCCAAGAUCACGACAUUCCCACCGGUGCCCAUCACAUGUGACACAGUGCGAAGCAAAUGCCGAGAAAUGUUAACUUCUGCUCUCCAGACAGACAAUGACUAUAUGGCCAUUGGUGCUGACUGUGAGCAACUUGCUGCCCAGAUUGAAGACUGUAUAUACCAAGAUGUGAAGAACACAGACUUGAAGUACAAAAACCGUGUCAGGAGCCGCCUCUCCAAUCUAAGGGACUCCAAGAAUCCUGACCUUCGAAAGAAUGUGUUGUGUGGGGUGAUUACUCCAGAGCAAAUUGCAGUGAUGACUUCAGAGGAAAUGGCCAGUAAUGAGCUGAAAGAGAUCCGGAAAGCCAUGACCAAGGAGGCCAUCCGGGAGCAUCAAAUGGCCAAAACAGGAGGGACGCAGACAGACCUUUUCACCUGUGGGAAGUGCAAGAAAAAGAACUGCACCUACACUCAGGUGCAAACCCGCAGUUCAGAUGAGCCAAUGACAACGUUUGUUGUGUGUAACGAAUGUGGAAACCGCUGGAAGUUCUGCUGAAACGUCUCCGAGGGGAGCAGCCGCAACCGAUUCGGGGUCGGAGCUCUGCCCUGUACUCCUGUAGUACCGCCAGCAGAUUUUGUACUGUUUUGUCGCCAAGUUUGCUUUGUGCUCUGUACAUCACCCAGGUGAGGAGGGCCCUGCUGUCUGCACACCUGUGGGAAGUAGCAGUGGCUAGGAACGGAGGCUGGGAUGGCACUUGAUGGAAAGUUCACGCGGACCAGCCAGCUUUGGAAUUUCUCAUCCUAGUCAGUAUUGUGAGAGUGUGGAACAGUAUUAAGCAUUCUUUGUUCUCGUUUCUUUUCUUUUAAACGGCCAGGUGUCUGGUUUUGAGCCUCAAAGUGUACAGAAGCUUCUUGUGACUUUCCUUGGCUCCCGGCGUGACUCUCAAAAGCUAAAAUGAGUAUUAACCCAACUCCCUAGUACCGAGGCAGGCAAAGGCCCCGUUGUGUUUUGCAGGAUGACAUUUUAGCUUUCUCUGCACAAACCUGCCUGUACUACAGAGUGGAAGCCACUCCAUAGUGGCGUGGGGAUGUGAGGAUUCUUGGUCAAGACCUCUCAGCCCCUUUACUGAAGUAUAGCUCAUCCUGUUUCAUUUUGUUUUGGGGCUGGAAAGAACAGGAAACACGGUGAAAUGAUUUUCAAAUCAGUUUAAAUAUAUGGGAUAGAUGUCACGUGUCUGGGUUGUGAAACAGAACCUCUCCGAAAAGCGGGUCGCUGUUGUCAAGAGAUGAAAGGCAUGUGCUUCAAAAGAAAAUGAGGCUGGGAGGGAAAGUAAAAUGCAAAACUCACUGAGGAAGAGCCUCUGGGAGGAUAGCUUUAAUCUAACCAGGCUCUUGGCAAUUGGGUUGAGGAAAAAAAGCAGAGAUUAUUUUCCUGCUCUCUUUCAGCUGCCUUGUAAGUUUGAAGCUUCCACUCUGUCCAAAGAAUGUUGGGAAUUGCCGUGUGUAAAGUGGAGAGAAUUUGGUUAGCAUUCCUUUUGACUGCUCUGUGUGAAAUCCCUAACCUUCCUGCGUUCUUUGUACGUACUAGGACUACAACUGCCCUCUUCUAAUUGCAUCUGCACAGCAGUUUCCAUUUCCCAUACAGGAUGAGUCUCUGCUUUGUGUGUAUACACAUGCAUGUGAAAAGAGAGCAAACUUAGGGGAGUGAUUUGGCCUGCAUGCACAGGUAUCUCUGUAGCCUGUAGGUGCAGGUACUACUAGCACAGAAAUAUUGGAGUUUGUAAAAGGAAGAGUCCCGGUGGGUCUGAGGUCCUGCUUUGGUAUUUCAUAGCUGAAGGGGAAAGGCAGACGUUUGCUUAGGCUGGUGGUAUCUAACUCCUGUGCAAGGUCCCAGAAAAGACCUGCAGUACAAGAUUUUAGACCAGUGUUUCUCAACUUUGGGAACUUUAAGGCAGGUGGAAUGGGGAAUUCUGGGAGUUGAAGUCCACCUGUCUUAAAGUUGCCAAGUUUGAGAAACACUGUUUAGACCUUCCCCUCCAGUCAGCUAAUGUAGCUAAGCUUGCCAGGAAAAUGAAAGCAUGCAGUGGGUCUAGAGAAGAGGCUCAAUUCAUGGAGGCAGAAGACCCCUUUUUUGGAAAGACGGUUAACCUAGAGUAGCUUGGAUUGUAUCUCUGCCUUUGCUGCGUCAUCUAGUGAUCUGGCCCUCUCUCGUUUUUCUUUUGAUUUUGUAUGUUCCGUGUACAGUUGCAAAUGCAAAAUAAUAAAAUUCCUACCUGAAGAACAAAGCCAUCUGCUUUUGAUGCAGUGCACCCGCAGAGCCAUUGCAAACUUCAAACCUUCAAACAAAUUUAAAUCUGGGGGGAAAGCAGAACCAUGUCUGUUGUUCCCCAGUCUUCUAUUGGCACAUGUGUCUGGACAACGACCUAGGUCAGACCUUGCCAUGUCACACAGCAUGCUUCCCCAAGCGACUUAAAGGCUCAGCAGCUCACCUUGCGUCAGAAAUUCAGGAACUAGAAAAGGGGAAAUUAUUAAUCUAAAUUUAAAAAAUUAAAAACUUUAAUAAAAGUAUAGAUUGAUAUAGGUCUUGCCCAAUGCCAGGCCACGUGGAUGGCAAAAGUAUGUCCGACCAGCAAGUCAUUCUGUGUGCGUGUCGGUCCCACAACUGGUCUUUGUCUGUAGACCUUAAUCUGUUGGCCAACCCCAACCUUAGAGUAAGCUUACGUCUCACUGUACUAUGUAAACACAGAUAACGGAUUAACUCAGUAACCAGGCUGGAUGUAGCCACUGAGGUUUCGAAAAGGGUUCCAUCUGUGUUCAGUUGAAUAUGAGAAAAUAUAAGUGCAGUUCCAAGGAGAGCGAUAUGCUCAGCAGAAUAUGGGUUGAAAUGUCUUUCAAAUCUCGCUGCUCAAACAGGAAGAUCUGAAAUCAUGGGUGAGAUGGGCAUAUUGGAAAAGACCUUGUGCACUGCCUCAUUUCAAGCCAGUGUUUUCCAAACUUGGCCACGUUAAGAUGGUGGACUUCAACUCCCAGAAUUCCCCAGCCAGCCAUGAGAGUUGAAGUCCACCCAUCUUAACGUGGCCAAGUUUGGAAAAAUACUGUUUUAAGCCAUCAGAUGUUGUGAGGAAUGUAUGAAGAGGGCUAAAGUAAAUGUUUCCUCAAGUAUCUUCUGGAAUAUUUUGUCUGGCUUCUUGGCCCAGCUGGUUUGUGAAUAUAGCAGUUUGGGGGUAGCAGAAUCCCUUCUCCAAGAGUUGACAGAAGUGGAAGAUCAAACCAUCUGGAGAAAAAGGGAAACCACGUGGCUACCUUCACCCAAUAUACUUGACUACGUUAAAUGAAGACUGAGAAUUUACGCCAUCAACUAACUUGGUUAAUGUUAACCUUGGUUAUAUUUUUUGGGCUUAGACUGUUGUUCCCAUGCAGACUGUUUGGUUAAUCCUUGGUUAAUGUAUUAUAGGGACCCAGCAAAUAAGUUAACUCAGUAAUCUAGUUAAUAUCCUAUGUGAAUGAGCCACAUCCUGCCUGUUAAAGGAGUGAAGAGAACAGGAUUUUCUCAAGAUCCAAGUGUGUAUGUGUGCGCUCCCCUCCCCCAUAUGUGUAGCAUGGACUUUCUGACUGUUAGCCAAACCAAGCAUCAUUCUGUCUUAAAUGAAAGCCUGAAAUAAAACAGGAUUGGGCUUUAUCUAUCAGUAAUAAUUGUAAAGAAGCUUGAGAUGUAGGAUUGAUUUUAUAGAAUCUCUGGUUGGGCAGAAGGAAACACUCAAACCAAUAAUUUACCAAGCUUGGGCUAUAUAUUCAAACAUCCCUUUGCCUCAAGUUUCAGUGGCAAAAUAAAAAGCCAUUGAAAAUACACCAGAAAAACAUUUUCUUUGUCAUUCUUUCCAAGAUAACCUUCAACUCAAAACUACAGUGGAGUUCAUUUGUUUGAGUGGAAAAGUGUGUGCGUGCGUGUGUGUGUUUUAAUAAAAAAGAAGGCUGCUGACAUUUUUGCAGAAGGAAAGGUGGGUCCAAUAUUUAGAGAGGAAAGGAUUUGACAUCACAAUCUCAGCACAUAAAUCACUGGGGCCCCUACUGGGUGCAUAUGUGGCCAGAUUCCACAGCUAUUUUGUCUCUGUGCCAACUUGAGAAAAUGCUAAAUAUGGCAAAUCUAGCAUUUGAGUCUGCAGAUCCACUCUCAAGUUCACUGUUUUAUAUUUUACAAAAAUAAAUAUAUUUACUGUAUCCCAAAGCAUUUUCAUUCUUACUGGAGCAAUUCAAGGUGGGGAAAGAAACUUGAUACAUUCAGCUAAUUAUUCAGUGCUGUUAUCCAGCAUUAUUUCAAAAACACAUGUAUGGUGGUGGCGGUGGUGGUGGGAUUAUGGGAUAGGAAUUGAAA